UUUGAGAAACACUAUCUCUCCUUCGCACUUUCAAUCACUUUGUAAAGAGUGGAAAAAGAAGAGAAGAAAGGAAAAUGAGAAGAAAGUUCCCAUAAAGCCAAAAUUCUCGAUCUAUUAUUUUUCAUUCAAUCAAGGGUUCCAAGGUGUUAUGUUCGUUGAUGGUGUUUAAUAUAGAUUUUAGCGAAUCUGAGCAAUUCGGGAAUUUUGGGACUGUUCGAUUCUACCAAACGAUGUCCUCGCUGAGCAGAGAGCUCGUUUUCUUAAUACUUCAGUUUCUUGAUGAGGAAAAAUUCAAGGAAACUGUCCACAAGUUGGAGAAAGAAUCGGGGUUUUUCUUCAACAUGAGGUACUUUGAGGAUGCAGUGACAAAUGGAGAAUGGGAGGAAGUGGAAAAGUACUUAUCAGGGUUUACAAAGGUAGACGACAACCGUUACUCCAUGAAGGUCUUCUUCGAGAUCCGAAAGCAGAAGUUUCUUGAAGCCCUUGACAAGGGCGAUCAUGCUAAAGCAGUGGAGAUUCUUACGAAGGGUUUGAAAGUGUUUUCGUCUUUCAACGAGGACCUCUUCAAGGAAAUGACAAUGCUUCUGACAUUGCAGAAUUUUAGGGUAUUUGGUACCCGCGAUUUUGCAAAAGAACAGAUGGCCAUAAGAGAGAGAGCCUUCUCAAUUAUAGUUGAGGUUUUCAAAAGGCAUGGUGCCAGGGCUCUAGAUACCCCUGCCUUUGAAUUGAGAGAGACUCUUAUGGGAAAGUAUGGGGAAGACUCGAAGUUGAUCUAUGACCUCGCUGAUCAGAAUGGAUCCUUGCCCUCCUCUGUACAUGUUAGGGCCCUAGUAUUCAUCGCUGGUUGCAGAUUAUGCCCAGGCCUAUGGCAUAUGGACAUUCUUCACUAUGUCUGA